AUGGAUAAACUAUUAGCAUCUCCAAAAUUAUCAAUACCACAACUAUCACGAAGAAAGAAGAAAAUACUCAAAAUUCCAUUAUUAAUAUUUUUCCUUUUCAAUACCUUAUAUAUAACUACUUAUUAUUUAUUUUAUCAAAGUUCAUUUCUAUCUACAUCAUCAAAUUAUAUAAUUCACGUUCCAGUAGAUGAUUCAAAUGAAUUACCGCAAAUUUCAACAACAAAUAUAAAUUAUACCAAUGAACUAGCAUAUUUAUUAAAAAAUUCAAAUGAACCAAAAUUUACAACAAGUUUACACCCCACCGAAAUACAAAAAAGUGGUGAAUUUGCAUUAUACCAAGAUCCAAGAGUGACUUUUGGUACUUUAUUUAACAUCAUUAAUAAUCAAACUAAUACAAUUCCAUUUCAUUGGGCUGAUUGGAUAGAUUUAUCAUAUUUAAAUAAUCAAAUAAACAAGCCACAAGAUAAAAAAAUUAAAUGUCAAGAUAUAAUACCACAAUUGAUUCUUAAAAAAAAAUCUGAUAGAGAGAAAUGUAAACGUGACCAUAAGUAUUUUGGUUGUAUAAAUGUAAGUGAAUUAACUGAAGAUCAAUUGACUAAUGAAAUUGGAUUGAGAAAAGAAGAAUUACCAGGUUUUGUACAAUUUCAACAUACAAUGUUUACAUCAACUGAUUACGUUAGAAAUUUACAAGGUAAAUCUUAUGUAUUGAGUUCAAUGCCAAUACCUUUCAAAGUUAUAUUUUUAAAUGACAAGGGAAAUGAUUUAAUUUAUGAUGUUUUUAAAAGUCGAUUACCAUUACCAAAAGAUGACAAAAUACUCGAUCCAACUAUUAAAUUCAAUGAACUUGUCUCUAAUUAUUCAUAUAAUUAUCAUCCUAAACCUUAUAUAAAAAUGGAUUUUGAUUUAUUCAAUUACUCAAGAAAAGAUGUUUAUAUGAAAAUAAGUCAAUUAAAGAAAAUACCAUUACCUUCAGUUCAACAACACACUUAUCUCAAUUCUUUAACUUCCACUGUUAAAGUUAGGCCCGCUGAAAAUCCUGAAACUAGAUUUUUUCAUGAAUCAACAAUGAAAUUAAAUCGCGAUAAUUCAGAUAAUGGUUGGCAUUAUGAUUGGAGAUUUUUCAAUGGAAGAUUAUCAACAAAUCAUGAAAGAACAAGUAUUAUCCUUGAAAGAUUAUUAAGAAAUUGGUUUAAAUUUUCAACGAAAUAUGAAAUUAUUUCAUGGAUUGCUCAUGGUCCUUUAUUAAGUUGGUAUUGGAAUGGUGGAAUUUUCCCAUUUGAUAAUGAUUUAGAUAUUCAAAUGCCAAUGAAACAUUUAGCUAAAUUGGGAGAAUUUUUUAAUAAUACUUUAGUUGUUGAAGAUUUAAACGAAGGAUUUGGAAAAUAUUUAAUUGAAGUUGGUACUUUUGUUCAUAAUAGAAAUGUUUCAAAAAGAGGUAAUCAUAUAGAUGCAAGAUUUAUUGAUGUAGAUACUGGUAUUUAUAUUGAUAUUACCGGAUUAUCAGUUUCUGGUUCAAGUGUACCUAUUCAAUAUUAUAGAAAUAUAAAUGAUGAUGUUGAUGAAGGUUCAUUUUUGAAAAAAAGUGAUAAUUUACCAAUGGUUAAUGAUAGAAGACAACAUUUUUAUAAUUUACAUCACUUAUCACCAUUAAAAUUAUCAAUGUUAAAUGGUGUUCCUUGUUAUUUACCAAAUUCAAUUGUAAAAAGAUUAAAAUUUGAAUAUCCAAAUGGAUCAUUAACUAAACUUGAAUUUAAUUCAUGGUACUUUGUAAAUAAAUUAUCAUCAUGGAUUCAUGAAUCAGUUUUGAAAAAUUAUAUUGAUUUUAAUUAUAUAACUAAAUCAAAUGGUAAAAUAGAUAAAGAAUUAAUUAAAUCUGAAAUCAAUCAACUAUCAGAUGAACAAAUUUAUAAAUUGUUAACUGAUAACAGACAAGUAUUGAUUGAUUAUUAUCUUAGUUUAGAAUAUAAUAAUUUUCAUAAUGAAGAGAUUAGAUAUUUAUUUACAAUUGAUGAAACAAAGAAUAAGAAUGUAAAUGAUUUAAGUCAUGGUAAAAUAUUAGAUACAGAGAAUGUAUGGGCUAAUGUUGAUUAUAUAAAUUUCCUUAAGGAUAAUGUUAAAUUACAUAAACCAUUAAGAGAAUCAUUAUUUCAAUUUGAAAGAAUUAAUAAUGGAUUAAAAGCUUAUUAUGAGAAAGCAAAUAAAGAAUUAAAUUAUAUAGCCAUAUCAUAA